AUGACCACUGGAAAAAGAGACCGUAGAGAAAUGUUUUACAUAUGCUCUUCAACGCUAUCGGUCAUUGCAAUUGUGUUGGGUUUCGCUCUGUUCGCGAGAAUAGAAACUGUCUCCCAGGAUUUGAGGACAAUUGACACAAAAUUCUCGCUGCAAAUUCAGCAAAUCCGAGACAUUCUCAAGGAAAGUGCAGCCCCUUCCCGCGUGAGCGAAAACUUUGCCAAAUCAAAUGGUAGGGUGACUGAGAACUUACGCUGAAUUUUUCUAGUUUUUAGCCUAAAUUUUCUUUAUUAUGUAUAUGUUCUUUUCUAUAAUUAUAGUAUGAGGAAUCUGUGUUUUUUGUCUGAACAUUGGAUAGAAGAACAGUAAGGUUACAGGCACAAGAAUUCUAUCACGCAUUUAAUUCAUGGGCGACUAAUUUAAUUUAAUUUUUUUUAUCUACAGAGACAAAAAUUAGGCUUGUAGCUAUACUCGCUAUAUGUAUAGGUAAUAAAAUGAUUUCGAGUGAAAUUUGGCGUUAAAUUAGCACGAGGAUACUUUUAAAAACAACAAAAUUGCCCUAGCCCGUAGAGCAUCUGAAAGCGUGCGCGCGCUAUCUCUAAUUUGCACUCGUGUUACAACUUUGCAUUCGUGUUACAUGAGAAUUGUCAUUUACAUUUUUGAUAACGAAACAAGUAACGAAUAGCAAAGCCAAGCCGACUGAAAAAUUGUAUUAGAAUGCUGACAAGAUUUAUAUUACGUACAUUAAUACGCUAGAUUCGUUAAAGGGCACAACGUCAACCAUCCAAGGUUCUUUAGCCCAUAAUCAUCUGAGCUCGAGUACACACGCUUUAAAAUGUAUUUAGAUUUUUUUAAUUCGCCUGAUCCGGAUUAUGUCGUCUGCUCCAAUGAUUGAAUGCGGAAAUUCUCACAAUUCUUACAAAAUUAUCAAAGAAUAUGUCAAUAUUUAUUGCAGCCAAAAUAUAUUGGAAACGUUAGUCAAUGGUUUUACUUUGUUUACUUUAGCCAUCCGAUACAAAAUUCCAGUUGUUCGUCGCAGCGUGGAUACAGUCAACGGCAAUGAAUCGAUUAGCCUCUCUGACCUUGGAGCGGCUAUCAAGAGAUACGUGCGAUCGACUAUGAAAGGAUAUGUCUGUCAGAGUCCAGACAGGGUUUGUGUGGCAGGGUCCCCCGGACCAAUAGGAGCUCGUGGUCUUCCAGGAAAGAGAGGGCCUAAAGGAAUUAGAGGAAAAAAGGGAACGCGAGGAGUUGUGGGACCUCCAGGAGGACCGGGAAAGCAAGGCAUCAAGGGAGAUAUUGGCCCUCAAGGAAUCAAGGGAGAAAAAGGUAAACAGUAAGAUAACGAUGACAAUCCGAACAAUGAUAAUGACAAAAGUAAAAGUUAUUGAAAAAAAAAAAAAAGAGAGAAAAAAGAAAAGAAAAAAAAUUUGUGGUCAAAAACUAUCACAGUAAUAAAUCGCGAUGAUAGAUUUUUUCGGAUGUGCUUUUGUUUGAUUUUAACAACUCAUUCAUUUUUAUCCGUGUAUAUUUCUUUUCAUCGCAUCAUUUGCAACAUUGCUUAAUGUUUAGCCUUUGUAUAUCGAGGUAUGAAAACAAGGGGGAAAUGUGGAGAGCACUAGAGAAGUAUCAGAGUUUUUUUUUUUUUCACAGUCGUAUAGUAAAAAAGCCGUUUUUUAUACGUUGCACCUAUAAUCUUUCCUAUGUCUCUAUCUAAAGGAGCGAUCUUUAAUGAAUAAUAUUUCAUUAUGCCUUUUAACUGGCAACUCUCCUUUCCUCAGGAAACCCAUGAUCUUUUACAUGUCUCUACCUAAAGUAGCUAUAUUUGAUGAUUACCAUUUAAUUAUUUCCUUAAACUGGCAACUCGCCUUUUCUUAGGGAACCCAGGGACACCUGGACAACCAGGAGCUAAAGGUGAACCAGGCGAGUCCUUAUCUGCACCAAAGGUGACUGUAUCACCGACUUCAGACACUGUUACUGAAAACCAAACUGCCACGUUUUUAUUGCUCGGCUGAUGGGAAUCCAACGCCUACAGUCACCUGGAGUAGAACAGGUGAUACGGAACCAAUUUCAAGCCCACAUAAUAAGUUGGAAAUCAGAAAAGCUACGUAUAAUGACUCGGGAGAUUACGUUUGCACGGCCAAGAGCAUAUUGGGUGAGGUGCAUAGGCAGGUGAAGCUCUUUGUCGAA